UAUUCCAACAGUUUCACUCUAUUACUUUCAGUCUUUAAUUUAUUACCUACAAUCAUGUUCAAGACGUAAAACUCCAACAAUUCGUCAGUUUUAAUGCUCUAAAUUCGUAAUAACCAAUGAUAAGAGAACACCGUUUAUGGAUUCUGGUGUAUAGGUUGAUUAUUAACCCUUUCACUGCUAUAGACGAAUAUAUUCAUAUUACGGUACGCUGCUCAAGACGAUUAUGUUCGCAAGCUUGUUUUAAUGGUUAACAGCUUGAAGCUGAUAUUCUCGCUAGCGGUACAGCAUUACGCGAUCUACGACAAGUCGAAGCUUGUCUAUUAUCCCCACUCAGAUUUAAUGAUUUUUUUCAUGUCUUCACUGCUCAAAGCGAAUAUAUUCGCCAACAAGCAAACGCAUCGUAGUACCAUUCGAGUUAUUGAUCGAUAUUUACGCGUAAAAAUGUAUCGCCGAUCUAAACCGCUAACUGAAAAAGAACUUUUGGCUAUAUGGGAAAAUAGUGAUAGUGAAGAAGACUUUAUUGGUCAUUUAGAGGAUCAGAGCGAUGAUGGAUGGAUCGAUACCGACGAGGAAGCAAAUGAAGUGCAUGCUACCGACGCCGAUGCUCAAGACACCCAGUCAGAAAGUGACGCCGAAGAUAUUGUUGAAGAAGUUGAUCCCGCAGAACCACCUACCAAAGUUGCCCGAGGCAAUUUUGUUUGGCCAUACAAAUUCUGGUUGCAAAGUAAACGACUUACCUGA